AUGGCUUCCAAAAUUUCUUGCUUGCUCCUUCUCUUUGUAGCGGCUUCUUGCGUCUAUCAAUCUUCUGCUCUCCACGCUGCAAAAAACCAGACUGCAUGGCUGACUGUAGAUGCCUCUGAAGGGAGUGGCCGUCUCAUCCCUGAAACUCUCUUUGGAAUAUUUUUUGAGGAGAUCAAUCAUGCGGGAGUUGGUGGGCUAUGGGCCGAACUUGUUAGCAACAGAGGAUUUGAAGCUGGGGGCAGUAGCGUCCCUUCCAACAUUGAUCCUUGGACCAUCAUCGGAGAUGACUCAUCUGUAAUUGUAUCAACAGACCUCUCAUCACCUUUUGACAGCAACAGGGUUGCUCUCCGGAUGGAUGUGCUCUGUGACAGUGACUGUCCCCCUCGGGGAGUUGGUGUCUAUAAUCCAGGUUACUGGGGCAUGAAUAUUCAAGGAGGCAAGAAGUACCAAGUGGUCCUUUAUUUGCGUUCAUCAAGGGAAACUAGUGUGGCUGUAUCAUUGGCAAGCUCGAAUGGCUCAGAGAUUCUAGCUUCUGCUAAUAUUACAGUUGCUAGUUCUGAUGUUGGAAACUGGACAAGGAAGGAGUUUGUUUUGGAGGCCAAGGGAACAGAUCCUCAUGCAAGGCUUCAAUUGACAACAACAACAAAGGGAGCACUAUGGUUUGAUCAAGUAUCGGCCAUGCCCUUGGAUACUUACAAGGGACUCGGUUUCCGUAAUGAUCUGUUUCAAAUGCUUGUGGAUAUAAAACCUCGAUUUUUGAGAUUUCCAGGUGGCUGCUAUGUUGAGGGAGAAUGGUUAAGAAAUGCUUUCCGCUGGAAGGAGACAAUUGGUCCUUGGGAGCAGAGACCCGGACACUUUGGUGAUGUUUGGAAGUACUGGAGUGAUGAUGGACUUGGUUACCUUGAGUAUCUUCAGUUAGCAGAGGAGCUUCAUGCAGCACCAGUAUGGGUUUUCAACAUUGGGAUCAGCCAUAAUGAUGAAGUUAAUACUACAGCUGUUUUACCUUUUAUACAAGAAGCUCUUGACAGUAUUGAGUUUGCUAGAGGUGAUUCUAAUUCCACAUGGGGAUCUGUUCGGGCUGAAUUGGGACAUCCAGAACCCUUUGACUUGAAAUAUAUUGCACUUGGGAAUGAGGAUUGUGGCAAACCUAAUUACAGAGAAUUACAAUGCAAGCGACUGCCCUUUAUAAGUGAAUAUGCUGUUACUGAUGGUGCUGGUAAUGGUACCCUUCUAUCUGCUGUUGCUGAAGCUGGAUUCCUCAUUGGGGUUGAAAAGAAUAGUGAUAUUGUUGAGAUGGCAAGCUAUGCUCCACUUUUUGUGAAUGUCAAUGACAGAAUGUGGACACCAGAUGCCAUUGUCUUUGACUCCUCCCGCAUGUAUGGAACCCCCAGCUACUGGAUGCAACAAUUUUUCAGAGAAUCAAGUGGAGCAACUCUUCUUAAUUCAACACUUCAGACCAACUCCUCUGAUUCACUUAUUGCAGAUGCAAUUACUUGGAAAGAUACAAACACUGGCAAGAACAAUAUUAAGAUAAAGAUUGUAAACUUCGGAUGGAAGCCAGUGAUUCUCAAAGUUUCUUUGAGUGGAAUUGAUUCAAACUUUUCAUGGACACAGACUGAGUUAACAUCUUGUAACGUGACGGAUGAGAACUCUCUUGAUGAACCAGACAAGAUCGUACCUCGCGUCACUCAACUGGGUAAUGUCGGAGAGGAUCUGACGUUUUUACUCUCACCACAUUCUAUUACUUCGUAUGAUCUAAUGAAGAAUUAGCUCUAUUA